AUGGCGGACGAGGUUCACUGUUAUCAGCGCAACGACGCAACCAUGCACUAUACGUCUGGAUUGUCAACAGAGAAAAUCAAACGAACCCGUGUUGGCCUUACAGCUAGACACAAAAGGGAGAUUUGUCUGUAUAAACAAUUUAACCCGAAAGCAACACAGGAAAAUCUUGUCCAGUUUUGUAAAGACAAAUGGAAUUUGCCGGCUGGAAGGACAACCCUAGGGGAGAUACUUCGCCAGAAGGAUAAAUGGUUGAGUAUCACACCUGACCAGGAAGAGAUGAGGAGAAGUAGGGGUGGACGACACAACAAAUUGGAAAUGGAACUUUUUAAGUGGAUAUCGGCUCAAAGGAAAAUCGACACAUCGAUUACUUUAUCGGAUCAAAUGAUCAUCGAACAUGCCAAAAUCCUCGGAGAGGAAUUACAUAUUGAUCAGUCGUUUUCGUAUUCUAACGGUUGGUUAUUCAAAUUCAAGAAACGCCAUGGGAUUAAAAGCAGGGGCACCACAGGACGGUUCCAGAUUUUAGAGGACUGCUACUCAUAUAACGAUCGCAACCCUGGAGUGGCAUUUAAUAGAAAGUUCCCCGAUUAUUCUGGUUCUGAUUCUGAAACAAUGCUUCAUGGUACACAGAACAUGUUUACUAACGUUUAUGAUUCCAAUGUAAACGAGUCUGGAAUCAUGGAUCAAUCCCAAUUUUAUCCUCCCUAUAUGAACAUAUAUGGGCAAAAAGAAAGCGUUAGUGACAGUUCUCAAUCACAAGCCAUAUCCCCUUCCGCUGUACCCACUGAAAUGAUAAUUAAGGAGGAAUAUGUCUCCGACAACGAAAACAGCAACGACUACUAUGACGUAAACGAGGCUGACGAAAGUGGCAAUUCCGUUCAAACCAGUGUUACCCAUUCUCCUUUGCUGCAAUUAGAGUGCGAAAACGAGGCGCACGGUACAUCAAGGCGACAAUACGUUCCAAAGGAAAAAGACAAUUCAGAAUGCUCAAGUCAUCAGAGACGUCCUCAUCGUACAAUCCUGCCUAUAUCAACAAAGCGCAUCAUUACAGCUUCAGAAGCGAAGCAUGGUGCUCUGUUGUGUAUCCGUUAUCUGGAACAGCAUCCCGAUCUGGGGGAACACCUUGACACGGUGUGGGAGGUACACGACGAUAUCGAGGCACACCACAAGGGGGUGAUGACAAACCAAAGGACAAUCACAGACUACUUCCGCCAGAACAGGACUCGUUCUGAUAUCAGAUUAUAA